CAUGCCUGGUUCGCUCUGUUGCUGUCCACCUUGUCUUUGUGUGGGUGCUGGUUUGUGUGCAAAACAGAGCAAAAACAAUUGCGCGACAAGAAAUCCAAAUAUCAUUAAAUAUUACGUAGCUUCAGUUAAGAAAACGUCAUUCACCUAACACCAAGUCGACACCGUGGUCCUGCGAAUAUCGAAAAAUCCGAAACAGAAAAGUCUCAAAACAAAGAGGUACAAAUAAACGAUUCCCAGUCACGACUUCAUCAGCCCCUCCCACACAGCCACAAUGAUGAGCCUGCUCGGGCGCCCCGAUGUGGAUGCGGGUGAAGUUUUCGUCAAUUUUAACCAGAACAUAACUUCAUUGGCCGUUGCCACCAGCGGCGGCUAUAGCCUGUACAGCCUGGGCUCCGUGGACUCGACGUUGGACAAGAUUUAUCACACAAAGAGCGAUGAACUGUUUCUCAUUGAGCGCCUAUUUGAGAGCUCACUCGUGGCCAUAGUUUCCCAGCGAGCCCCCCGCAAGCUGAAGGUGUGCCACUUUAAGAAGCAGAGCGAAAUCUGCAACUACUCGUACGCAAACACAAUUUUGGCAGUGAAGCUCAAUCGCGAGCGCCUGAUCGUCUGUCUGGAGGAGUCGCUGUACAUCCACAACAUUCAGGACAUGAAGGUAGUGCACACCAUUCGGGAUACGCCGUGCAAUCCGCAGGGUCUGUGCGCACUCUCCUCGUCCUCGGAGCAUUGCUACCUGGCCUAUCCGGGCAGCGUUACCUCCGGCGAGGUGCAGAUUUUCGAUGCCAUUAACUUGCACGCCAAGACCAUGAUUCCCGCCCACGACACACCGCUGGCGGCCUUAGCCUUCAGUCCCUCGGGCACGGAGAUUGCCACGGCAAGUGAGCGUGGAACGGUCAUCAGGGUUUUUAGCUCCCAGGAUGGUAGUCGGCUUUUUGAACUUCGACGCGGACUGAAGCGAUGUGUAUCCAUUGUUUCACUGUCAUUCAGCACGUGCGCGGAGUAUCUGGUGUCCAGUUCCAACACGGAGACUGUGCACAUCUUCCGCCUGGAUCGUAGUGCCACGGAGACAGCCGAAGGACAUGGAGGAAAGCAGACGAGCGACGACUGGAUGGGUUACUCGUUUUUUAGAUUCUUGAGCAAAACGGUCACCAGCUACCUGCCCACGCAGGUGACCGACGUGUUUAGCCAAGGCCGGGCCUUCGCCUCGGUCACUUUGCCGGAGGCGGGAGUGCGCAGGAUGUGCGCCAUUACCACGAUACAGAAGCAGCUAAGACUGCUAAUUGCCUCGCAGGAUGGGUACCUAUACGUGUACUCCAUUCCCACCGUCGAGGGCGCAGAGUGCCAGCUGAUAAAGAGGCACGACCUGCGGCUGGAGGACCACUACGCCAUGGAUAUCAAAGUUGAUUCACCUCAAACUCUAGGCCUUAACAGUGGCGUGAGCAUCGGCGGAGCAGCCGGCGUUCCGCCCGGUGGUGCAGGAGCAGCCGUCGCCGGCGGGAGUGGUGGCGAUGGCAAGUCUGCGACUCCGGUUUCCGGUGGCGGCGGUGGUGACAAACCUGGCGGCUCCUAUGCGUCCGCCGUCAAGGGGGACGAGCCCGCUGGACCCUCUUCCUCCUCCGCUUAGACAAAGAUAUUGAUCAAACAAGAGAUGCAGAGAUGGUAAACGAAACUCACUCCUCAAAGUACUACGGACGAUGAUGCUAAAGUGAUUGCGAUGAUGCUUGGCGACUGGCGACUGGCAACGGCGGCGAUGAUGAUGAUUAGCGACGGUGGGCUCUGUGGCGUCAAGCGUAUUUAAGUAAAUAAAUAGGUCAUAGACUUAAUUUAGCUUUUAACGUUGUCAGCGACGAUUCUUUCUCGUUUUGUACCAGCAACACUUCCAACCGCCCCUUCCUACCCAAGCAAUUUUUUAGUUUUAAGUUAUGUUCAUGGCGCUACCAUUUGAAUUAGAAAUGCUUUUGUCAUACACUCCUAAGUUAGUUGUUAAUUAAUAAUUUAAAAUGAUUUAUAGAUUUGCUUUGAUAUUUGAGUUGCCCGCUUUUUUAUAUAAAAUAAACGGCCUUUGCAAGUUA